AUGUCAGAAGGGGAUUCCCGCCGAAAGAUUGGUGCUCAGGUGACAGCGAAGGCCUGUCAUGUUGUCCAUUUGAGUGAGUGUGCUCGGCGACACGGUGCUUUGAGGACCACCAAGGUCGUUGUGGGGACUGUUGUGGAGGUCAACAAUACCAGAAAGGCGCCAAACAACCGUGUAUCAACCUUCAUUACUGCUGACUUUGAUAUUGGUGGAGGAUCACGUCAAACUUUUCAAACCGGACCAGUCGACAGUACCAUCCAGUCCCGCAGCACCAAUACCGGCAGUAGACAAGCAGACACAGAUUUGGCCGUUCCAGAGCAAGAGGAAGGAGAAGCGGUCUUGCAGGAGACUUCUCCUGAUGAAGAAUUGGAAUUUCCAGCACAACCGAUGAUGGAAAUUGGAAUAGCUGCGGGGGAACAGGUAGCAGGACCUACCGCACAAGUAGCCACGCAGGUUUGGGGUGUUGAAGACGCUUCCUUUGUAAUGGCUCAUGAAACAAAGUGGUAUGCUGACGAGCAAGCUACAUUGAUUGAUAUAAAUGGCAGUGUCCAAAGUAAGCAGUUUGGCAUCAAUACACCAAUUGGCGACCUUCUUGGUCCAGACUCUGACAUUGAUGGAAAAUAUUCGCGGCUGCAAUAUUUUCUUCUCAUGUUUCCACCCGACCAACUGAGCGCCAUGUGUCAGCAAACAAAUGUGCAGCUUGCCCAACAGAACAAGCACUACAUGUCAACAGGAGAGCUGCUUCGAUUCUUUGGCAUUCUAAUUCUUGCGACAAAAUUUGAAUUUAGCAGUCGAUCGCAAUUGUGGUCCACAACCGCGCCGUCAAAAUACAUUCCUGCCCCUGCAUUCGGAAAAACAGGAAUGUCGCGGCAGCGCUUUGAUGAUCUUUGGCGAAAUAUCCGAUGGAGCAACCAGUGUCCUGAACGGCCGGAAGGCAUGAGCUCCCAUACGUUUCGGUGGCAACUUGUCGAUGAUUUUGUUGAAAGAUACAACAAUCAUCGAGCCAAUACUUUCAAACCAUCUCAUCUUAUUUGUGUGGACAAAUCAAUGUCGCGAUGGUAUGGACAAGGGGGGAAUGGAUAA